ACAAAUCCCUGGACAUGAAUCUUUUUAUUUAUGUCCUACUUUUGUCCAUUUGGAUAAACAGUUGUUUAAAUACAAACCAAAGUGAUGGUUCUUCUACUACAGGGGCUAAGCACGUUCAACCAACGGAGAUUAAAAUGGACAACUUUAGGAGACGUCUACUCGUUAUCGUAAUUGGUAUUAUGAUCAUAGCUUUUGUCUUCACCUGUUUUUGUUUUCUCCAUUACAAUUGUAUGAGCGACGAUGCACCCAAAGCAGGAACGGUCAGGAAAGAAGAUGUGACAACCAAGUCGUCCAGAUCAUCCAAAAUAUCAUUCAGUGAAUCCAAGAUAGCCAGUCCAUGCAUUCUAGAAAAACAGUCCGUGCUAUCUAGUAUAGACAAGCUUUCUGUGCCCUCAAGUCCAGAAAAGUCAUCCAUACCAUCCAGUGCAGAAAAGUUAAGGAGGUCCUUGAGUCCAGGAAAGCAAUGUAUAUCAUCUAGUCCAGAAAAGGCAAAAAAGCCACCAAGGCCACAAAAAAUAUCCAGGUCAUCCCACCCUAGAAAGUCAGAUAGAACACACAAUCUAAAAAAGCCCCAAAAGCAAGUUCAUGCCCAUAAGCUAGGGAGUCAGUCCUGUUCAUCCUACCCAAAUAAGGCAAAGAGGCUGCCUUGGCCAGCCCUUCUACAAUAUCCAGUCAGAACAGCCAAGCCCCCCAGUCCACAAAAGCAAAUCUCACCACCCAGGCAAUCCAGUUUACAGAAACUAACCAGAUCCUCUAGACAUCGUAAUCUAAAAAGGACAGGUAAGGCAGGCACGUCAACUAGGCCUCGGUUAAUCAAGUCUUGUCAAUACUAUGAGGAAAAAUGCCUUGUUUGCAGAAAUUCUUCUGAACCUUUGGUCAAUAAUAUUUCUGAGGCAAAGAAUAGUAAUGUUCAAAACUCACCUGUUUCAAGCGAAGUGCAGUCUUUUUCCAAGUCCUGUCAUAAGGGCGAUUACAGAGACAAUGUAUUACUCUGUGGCAAUGUGAGUAGCAGUGAUAUCACAAUCAACAGCGAUGACAGUGAUAGGGAGAUAACCAUUAUCUGCACAUAAAAUGAAGUAAAGUCAUCCCUAAAAGUAGCCAUCAUAACUAAGAACUCAAUAAAAAUAAAAACCACAUGUGAAAAAGCAA